GGAUGGAUUGGGGGGGGGGGGCUGCUACAUUGGGGUCCCCGGUGCCCAGGCUGACCCCCUAUUUUUGGGGCUCCUUAUCUUUCUUUAGCCCCCCCCCCCUCCAUGGAGAGAGGAAAGUUGGUGAUCCUCCCCCCAGAGCUGUGAUUGGGGGUCCUUGUGGGGCUCUCGGACUGACCCCCCCCUGUAUUAUUUGGGGGGGGGGCACGUUAUCUUUUUGAGGUCAUUGGAGAAGGUAAUCCCCCGGCUGGAGAGGCGGGUCUGUCCGGAGGUGGAGUCUUGAUUUAUAAAAUGGGGGGUGACCGAGGAGCGGGUGUUCAGAAGCGCCUGGGAGCCCCCCAGUGUCACCAUGCUCCCCGCUCCGCACACCUGUUGCCGGCUCCUCCAGCAGCUCCUCGCCUGCUGCCUGCUGCUCCCCCGCUUCCUCCUCACCGCCCUCCUCCUCUGGCUCCUGGACUUCCCGUGUGUCCGCCGGAGGGUGAUCCGCGGGGCCAAAGAGGAGGACCCGGGGGGGGCCCCCGAGAGGGAAGAAGACCCCCCACUCUGCGUCUCCGACACCAACCGCAUGUGCACCUUGGAGUCCCUGAAGGCGGUCUGGUACGGGCAGAAGCUCGACUUCUUCAAGUCGGCGCACCUUGGGGGAGGGGCCCCCAACACCGAGGUGGUGACCCUGGAGGGCCAACGGCUGUGCCGGAUCCUGGACUUCUCCAAGGGCCACAGACCCCUGGUGGUGAACUUCGGCAGCUGCACCUGACCCCCCUUCAUGGCGCGCCUGCAAGCCUACCAGCGCCUGGCCGCGCAGCGCCUCGACUUCGCCGACUUUCUGCUGGUCUACAUCGAGGAAGCCCACCCCUGCGAUGGCUGGCUCAGCACAGACGCCGCCUACCAGAUCCCAACCCACCAAUGCCUACAGGACCGGCUCCGCGCCGCGCAACUCAUGCUGCAAGGGGCCCCCGGGUGCCGGGUGGUGGCGGACACCAUGACCAACGCCUCCAACGCCGCCUAUGGCGCCUACUUCGAACGCCUCUACGUCAUCCUGGACGGCAAGGUGGUCUACCAGGGGGGCCGGGGCCCCGAGGGCUACAAGAUCGGGGAGCUCAGGAACUGGUUGGAUCAGUACCAGACCCGAGCAACCGGGAAUGGGGCGCUGAUCAUACAGGUGUAGAGCUCACCCGAGCAAC